GCGCAGUGAUCGCUCGGUUGCCGAACGUACCACACGUACAAAUCGCUCAUAGCUACGAACGCAAAUAAAAACAAAAAAUUAACAAACCGACCUCAAGUGACCGUUUAGUGCGCCGAGCGGCCGACACGAACGAACCGACUUCGCGAAGACCUAACGCUUCAAAAUUAACCACUAACACACGAUUGAGCUUCUAUUAUUUAAAUAUUUAACUAAAUAAAGGUGUAAUUGAUAAGAUAGUGUAAAGUUUUUAAAUGUUAACGGCCGGUCUCGGGUAGAAGACGUCGCCUCGCUCUCAGAAUGUCCGACGGAGACGUUUCCUUGAUCCGCGACGAGGAUCUCCUGCGACGCAUGUGGCAGCAGACUCAAGACUUCUCUAGGAAGAAAGAGAUCCGCGCGCACAUGUAUCGGCUGCGCGAGGAGCGGCUGCGCAACCUCUAUUCGCCGGAGCCCGCCUCCGACACCAAAGGUUGUGAGUUCUCGUCGUCGCAGGGCCACGUGAAGUCCUUCGCGGACCAAAACUUCCAAUCCAUGAAGAGCAAGGAGGUGCGCGACGCGGGCUCUCCGCCCAAGGAGUUCGCGUACCGUGGCCAAGAUCUGAAGGACCUCUCCAACGCCGGUUGGAAUGUGGAGUCCGAGAACAGAACGACUGACGAUGGCCACACCCACAUCAAAACUGUUCAAGCGAACAUUGAAGGCAAAUACGACGUAGAGGGUGGACAGGGCCAGUUCGCAGCUGUCGAUCACCAUAAGCAAGCUGUCACCCAGUACGACGACGGCAACACCAGCCUGAAGAGGAACGAGAGCUCGUCCAACACCGCCGCUCACGAACAGGUUGUGCGUCAAACCGACGACGGGUCUCAUUUUUCAAGCACCACCAGCUCCUCCACCUCUACGUCCAAAUUCCAAGAAUUCUCUUCGGCCACCCAUGACGCUGCGCCGUACAUUACUGACGGCUCGAAUGUAAAAGAACAAUUUUAUGAUAACAAACGUAACGAGGAAAUGACUACAAAAAGGAUGACUACAACGAACGACUAUGAAAGUAGUCUGAGAAACAAUAAUGAUCAAGGAGAACUAGUUUCGAGAAAAAUUGAAUAUCCCGAUGACAAUACAAAAGUAAUAGUGGAGACGAGAUGCCUCCCUGAUGGUACUAGAGUUACGAGCACUCGCCGAGAGUUUCGAGCGCCUGUGGUCCAGAGCAGUCGUUCAGAGCGCCAUUCACAGCAAAUGAAAAGCGAAAGUAAAUCCUCGUCUUUUUCGUCUACGAAACGCUCAGAUUUAACGGAAUCUUUGUCUAAUAACAUCUGUGAUACAUUCACCGACCGUUCUAACGACAUUGUUGACAGUCAAAGACAUUUAGAUGAGUAUGAUUUUAAGAGAAGUCAUGAAUAUGAUUAUUCUACAAAUGAAAAGGAUGAUUACAAAGAGAAAGUACAACAUCGCAGUCAGGAACAGAGAAAUGAGAUUAAAGUAGAUGAAGUUAACAGACGAGAAGUAAUAUCUUCAGAAGAUGACCAACAUAGUAGACGCAUUCAACAAUUUCGAAAAGUAGACGAUGUCAAAGACGAUUUUCAUCGCGAUGUAAUAUCGUCUGAUGUCCACAGUGUCAGGCGUAAUGAAAUAAAUGAGUUCGAUAAAUUCGAUCAACGUGAAGUAAUAUCCUCCGAAAAUGACCACCGUGUUAGACAUCACGACAUUCAAGAGUUUGAUAAUGUAAACCGUCGUGAAGUUGUAACAUCGGCAGAUACCCAACAUGUUCGACGCCACGAAAUAAAUGAGUUUGAUGUAGUAGAUCGGCGAGAUGUCUUGUCAUCGGAAGACAAACAACAAAUUCGAAGAUAUGAGAAAACAGAGGAAGAUGACAUGAACGAAGUUAACCGGGAAAUAAAAUUAUCUACGGAUAAUCAGAAUUUUAGACGUCACAAUGUAAAAGAUGAGACUAUACAUAAACAAGAUAAUAAAGAAAUUAUACAUUUCGUAAAAAAUGAUAAAAAAGUCGAAGAAACAGUUGAACGUAAGACUAGUACAGAUUCUUAUCAAACCACAUAUCAAUCUGAUUACACCAAGAAAAAAAUUAGCACAGAUUACAGCCCUUCACAUCAAGCUUGGGCCAGCACUUUAAGAUCGGACACCCCAACUCGUCCGUCGACCAGAGCAUCUUCACCGGGUAGCAGAACUUUUGCGUCGAGCAAUUCUUCUCUAAGAAGUAGUGUCAGCCCAGACAAGACUUAUAGAAAGCCAAGUAGCCGCGGAGGAAGUCCUGACAAGUCCUAUAGAAAACCAUCUAGCCGAGGCGGUAGUCCGACAAAAACCGACAGAUCCUCUCCAAGUCGUAACACCUCAAGAUAUUCUAGUACUCACUCGACGCAUUCCUCUACAGAAAUCAAAACUAAUAGACGUACCGAUGAUAUUCACCACCAUGCCACACCAAGUUCCAAAUCUCCUAACAGGUCCUUUAGCCCCGAAAAGAAAGUUGAUAAAGGUUACCACCCAAGAUCGAGUGCCAGUCCUGAAAAACCUCCUUCAUCGUCAAGAUACCAAACGAGUCCUGGCUAUAAAUCUACUUCUCCUUCACGUGUUCCACAAAACAAUUUUACUCCAACCAAACCAAGUGUUAGUCCUGAGCAAUCUAAAGAUACAGAAAUUUCCUCUACUGCACCUACUCGCAAAAUUUCGCCAGAUCGAUCAAACGUUCUAAGACCUACGGCAAGACUCAGACCAAGCCCUAACCGGGAACCAAAAGAACAUAAGGACUCACCUACAAGACCAACUUCAAGUCCCGAGAGGAAGGCAAGUGCAGGACCAAAUCAAAGGAAAGGUGAAAUAUAUACAACGUCACCAAUUCGUGGUAAUUCCCCAGUUAAAGAUUCAACUAAUGUAAGGCGUUCUCCUACACCACAGUCACAUUAUGAUUAUCCACCAUCGGCUGACGCUACGAAACGCGAUAGAAGUCCUGACAAGAAAGAAAUAAAUAAAAAAUUCAACAAUAGAAUGUGUCCUGCUGAAAUACAGAACAAAACCCCUAAUUACCAACAAAAUGAAUAUGCCGACAGACAUAGUGAUAGUCCGAAUAAAGAUAAUAAUACAAAAUCUGAUAUAUCAGGACCGAGUAAAAAUCAGCAUCCAAAACAAAUUUCAAGUGAAGAAAGAAAACCUGACAAUGAUAUUAAUAUUAAACAAAACGAUUAUAUUAAAAAUACAGAGCUAUUAAAAGAAGAUCACUAUAAAUUAAUCGACGAAGAAACUAAAAUGUAUACUCCCAUUAAAGACAAAAAUAAAAAUCAUCCAUCUAUCCCGAAUGAACCAGAAACAACGCAAUAUGGACGAAAAAAAUCAGAGAGAUCGCCGUCCCCGAAUAAAAAUUCGGUUACAUUUACAGAAAAUAACAUAACUGAAACACAUUAUAAUAAAGAGGAGCAGCGCACUAAGAUGUCAAGUGAAUAUAUCAAACGUGUAGACACAAAUGAUAAAAACAGUUUUCCUCAAAAACAUGACAGUCCCGAUCGUUUAAACAAUAAGAGCACAUCGAGUAGAGAAUCUUCGCCGUCGAAGACUUACGACAAAAAACAUGUUGAUCAGACAGAAAUAAAAACCGUUACCACUUCUGAUUUUGAAAAAUCCAAUAAAACUUUAGUCAGACCAAAAUCCCCUUCAAAACCAUCUGAGCCUUCUACGAGAGACACUAUUUCCCCAUCUAAAAUUUUAAUCAAAGAAAAUAAAUAUAAACAGACUACUGAUUUCAUAGAUGUUGAAAAAAUCUCCGAAGAGACAAAUAAAGUUAAAACAAAUGUCGUAAAAGAGACAGUCACGAAGGGCCGACCGCGUCAACUGAUAACUCCCUCCAGCAGUCCUACUAGAAAACCAAAAUCUACUGAAGAAGAGCCAUCAACUGGUCAGAGUUCACCCACUACUUCUGCUAGUGGGUUUGUGUAUUUUAGCUCACCUCGUAGAGAAGAAGUUAUUGUUACGGAUCUUGACGAUAGCAUUACAUAUACGGAAUCCACGGAAGUGCUUACAGAUGAUAUCAACAAGAGGGUUGAGGUAACGAGACCCAUUUCGCCUUCUAAAAUACCUUGUAGAUCUCCGUCUCCGCAGAAAAUAUCAUCACCUAACAAAAGUAGUCUUCCUAGAAAAAGUUCGUUGAAAAAACCUCCGACUGAAAAGAUUCAAACGUCUCCAACAGAACAACCGCCAUCUAGUUUCCGAGUGUCCCCGACAACCGAAAAAAAGGAUGUUCAUGAUCAGAGAAUACAACAGGAAAAGGAUCAAUCACAAAAAUCAGAUCAUACUCCAGUUAAGCCUAAACCGCCACUGGAGCGUCGUGAAACUUAUGAAGAACGUUGUCGUAAGAUACUUGGAAUGAUGGAAGACAAAUCAUCAAAGACCUCUACGCAAGAAACUAUAACAUCUACAGUUACGAAGACUUCGAAUCUCACCUCUCCUAGUGUGUCUCCUUGUACCAGUCCAGAACCAGGCCACGAUUCCUUAACUUUGGAAUACAAAAAUUAUAAUCAAACAAAGGAAGAAAAUAAUACUGUUCGGGACUUUUUGAGGAAAGAAAGAGAGGAGUCGACAAAAACUGUUCUUACAAACCAACCUUUAAUCAAAGAAACACCGAUAAACGGGAAGAAAACAUUAUCUAAUGUUGAAGAUGAUAAGAACACCGACGAUACAUCAGGGGUAAUUGAUCAACAAGCUACGUCUCCCGGCGAUAUACCAACAACAAAGGCGAAGUCAAAUUCUCCUGUAUCGAGGGAUUCAUCCCCGACAAAGAAAAGUGAAAUAGAUACAACAAUUAAAACUCAAAUUAGAGAUUCAUCGCCUACUAAGAAAACGAACAUCGACAAGCCUCAAAAAUUACCUUCAAGAGAUACGUCACCUGUCAAGAAAAUAGGUGCAGACAAGCCACAAAAAAUAUCUGUUAGAGAUUCAUCGCCUACAAAGAAACUUGACGCUACCAAGGCGCAAGAAACGCCCACAAGCGAAUCCUCGCCUAAGAAAACUGACACGGAUACUCUACAGAAAACACUUGGAAUGGAUUCAUCAAUGGUCAAAACAACCAUUAUUGAAAAAACAUUAGUACGUGACUCUUCACCUAAAAAGAAGCCUGAAACUGAAAAAUUACCAUUCAGGGACAUGUCACCCACAAAGAAGAGUGAAACAAAUAAAUUACCAACAAGAGACUUUUCACCAUCAAAGAAGCCUGAGUCAGAUAAGUUACCAACAAGGGACUCGUCACCUACAAAGAAGUCUGCUUCGGAUAAAUUAUCAACACGGGACUCUUCACCUACAAAGAAAUCGGUCUCAGGUAAAUCACAAAAUACAACAAUACCAGAAUCUCAUCCAACAAGGAAACAUGAAAAAGACUUACCGCAAAAAGUGCCUUCCAGAGACACUUCGCCAACAAAAUUACGUGACUUCAUUUCACAUGCAGAGCAUCACGCUGUUACGCAGUCAGAGGAUAUAUCAAAAGUUACUAAUGUACAGAAAAAAAUACACGAAGAAAUUGUUAAUAAACGUACAUCACCGCAUCAAAGUCCUGAAAGAAAACACAAAAACCCCGAUGAAAGGUCCAGAACUAAUUCAGAACAUCCUAACACGCUUGCAUCUAAGAUACCUGAAAGAAAGCCGGGAACAGAUCGUACUACUCAACAUACUGCAGAUUCGAUUGUAAAACACGGUUUGAAAACUUCUUAUAAGGCUGACACAAGUCCAGAAUCAAAACCAGUGGUACAACGAACAGGACAUAAAUCUCCUGUUAAUCAACCACAGGAGCAAGUUUCAAGUAAACACGGAAGACCGCACAGUCCGGAAAAAAAAGCAGCGCCAAAAUCCAACAUACAGAAAAAAGAUACUAAACCAAAUAUUUCUGAUAAAUCCGGGAAAGUAACACAUUCUGUUGAAAAGCCGGAAAAUCAAUUUUCGACUUAUCCUAACGAAAGGCCGUCCGAGGAUCCUUCAACAACUGACUAUACUAGUCAAUUUAUAUCGUCAGAAAGAGAACAAGAAGUUUUGGAUCGAGUUCAAAAAUCGUUGAGAAAAUUAUCACCGGAUAGGAAAGAAAAAAUUCCAAACCGUGAAAAAAGUCCAGAGAAGACGACCAUUUGCUUACGGGACAUUGAUGUUGUAACAGAUUAUGUCGAGGAAAGUGAUAUACACGAUGCAAAUGAAAUCACCGAAACUAUACAAAAACGCGUAAUAUCUGUUAGACAUGAUAAAAGCCACACAGAGAAAUCUAAACUUGAUAAAACAAAAGAACAAAAAGUUUCCAGCAAACCUUCAUCAAGAAAUGUUUCACCUACUAAGAAAGUAACAAACGUGCACAGUCCUAGACCAGAUACUCCUGAAAGUAAACCUAGAAGUACAUCUCCUAAAAAACCUUUUACUUCAACGGAGAGACCCAAAUCUCCACAAGUGCAAAAAAUAGGCAUUAAAUCUAAAGAACAUGUGCCUUCUCAGCUGAUACGAAAACCUUCACCAACAAAACUCGAUAAGAGUGUAACAAGUGAAAUUAAAAAGUCAACGGGUGUAAUAAAACAAAAUAGUUUCAGCAAAACCUCAUCUACGAAGGCGUCUACUAAAGUCAGUGUUGUUAAUAAGACCUUUGAUACGGAAAUUAGAAAAACACCAACUUCAAAGAUCCUCAAUAAAGAUGUGGGUCCUAAAAAAGAAUCCGAUGUGAAAGUUACCCGAACAAGCAGUGAUGUAACAUUUAAAUCCAAAAAGCCAUUAUCGCCGCAAAAGGUUAAGUCUAAACCAGAAAUACAUGUCAACGAUGUUUCAACAUCAAAAAUUAAUAGAUUAUCAAGUGUUGCUAAGAACAUUAAAUCAAUAACAAAAGAGUCACAAUCUAAACUUCCAAGUAAACCCAAGUCCGCUACUUCUUUAAAUACAUCAGUUGACGAAGAUGAUGUCAUUAUUGACGUCCAGCAAGCUAAGUCUUCCAGAGAAAAUUCACCAGAUCGCAUAUGUCCUACUCCAGUCAAUUUCUCAGAAGAUGUAGGCAUCCCUAGAUUCCCCGAUGAAGUUAAUGAACCAGACGAUGAUUUGAACAAGAGAGCGUAUCACACUAUUCACGAAGCUGAGACAAUUGUAGAUGACAUAGUUGAGAUAUGUGAAGAUGAUGAAUUGUUUGUAAAAAGAAACGACCAAAGCAGUUUAACAGAAUCGGAUGAAUGUUUGCUCACGGUUACUGAUAAAGUAUCUAGAUUCACUAAUAAAAUUCAAACUGUUAACAAACCUAAAGAAAGUUCCCAGCGUUUCAAAGAAACCGAAAAAAGGAUACAUUCUGAUGUUGUUGAAGAAAAUCUUAUUACUGACGAGUGUUUGCUUUCUGUUUCUGAAAAGGUAAAUAAGUUUGCCAAGGGUCCAAGAAAUACAAAGGACAGUAGAAGCCCAUCCCGAAACAUAAAAGAUGAGUAUGACAGGGAGACUGUUUACCAAGAUAAUUACACUAAACUUAGCGUUAAUGAUAAAGCUCAUUUAUUCGUUGAAACAGCUGAGAAUAUAAAGGUUUCCAAACCAAAAACAAGUCAAAAAGUACAACGUCCAGAUUUAACCGACGUUGACGAAUCUUUAAAAAGCGAUGACUGUUUGCUUAGCGUUUCUGACAAAGUAAAUAAGUUUGUUAAAACAGCUGAACAAUUUUUAUGCGAAUCAUAUGAGGUAGAGGAAAAAGAAAAGAAAAUUAAAGAAAAGCAUGACAAAAUUAUGAGGAAAAUUAUAGAAAAUGUCGAUUACGAGUCAGAUGACGAUUAUAAAGUUGACGAAACUCAUGAAGAGAUACGUAAAAAAGAAUUAGAGGCUCGUGACGAGUCUAUAAAUAAAUCGUUGGUCACUCAGGAAACGACUAAAGAAAGCUCCGUUCGGUCUAACAAGCCAACUGAAAAGGUUCCUCUAAAAAUCACACCUGUACGCAGCAGCGAAGCCGUAAAAAAAGCAAAAGCUCUGUUUGAAAAUAUUGCAACAAACAAGCAAACAACUAAAGACGUUAUUCACACGAAGGUAACUAAGCGACCGGACACUAAACAGUUUCCCAAAGCUAACCCACCUGUUUCCAAGCCCAUAAAAGAAAAACCUCCGAAAGUAGAUCACAUUGAUAACAAGGAUGAUGAAGUUACCUUUACAUCUGAUGUUGGAAGUCCACGAACUCUUCAGCAAACCGAACCUAAACCGAUUGAAGAAACACAACGCCGAAGUCCUGUGCGAACACUGUCUCCAGAUAUUGUAAGGAACAAAUCACCGGCGCAGCAAGGAGUUGAAACAAAAACAACUACAACUAUCACUAAACAGACGACAACUUCCAGAUCAGAGAGAUCCGAAUCACCUCAACAGAAGCGCGAACACGAUGAUAAUGAAAAAUUGCAGGACAAAAUUCCUGGCUACUUGCGCCCAACAAAAACGAGCCAACUUAAAGAGGAACCAAAAGUAACAGAAGAACCAGAAGUUAGCAGUCGACGAGGAAGUGGAAAGUUUGGUGUUGAGCUGCGGCGGACGAGCAUCGAGAGAUCCACUGUGACCAGCGAGCUGCGUCGCAGCAGCGUCGAGCACCACCAGUCUUGCAUUGAAGAUAUAUAUGACACUGACCUUCUAGAGCAAAUGUUGGAAAAAGUCGUGGGAUACGAACAGAGGCGUCGCAUUCGAGCGCAAAUCCGUAUUGCUAAGAAAAAUCAAGAAAACGAUACUGUAAGCACAAGAAUAACAAAGGAGACCGUAGCUACAGUCAAGAAAACGCCGUCACAGGAACGUCAACCGAGAUCACACACUCCUGAGUACCAUUCCAGAUCUACUCCACAAAAGUCACCAGAGAGGGAAUCUAAAUCUUACUCCAGAAUGCAAUCUCCCGGAAAACAGCCCUCAGCUGAAAGAGAACCAUCCCCGGAACUCAAAUCAAAGCUCCAAAGAAACGUUCUCAAAUCUCCUUCGCCUGAAAGACAAUCCCCAAUAAGGCAAGCCGAACAUAUUUCGCCUGAACCAACAAAACCUAAAGAACAAAGUCCAAUACCCAAUGGUCAUGCUAAGAUGCCCAAUAAUGUCACCGACAUCAAGAGACCACAAAGUCCGUCGAAACUGUCUCAAAAGUCAAAACCCAUUUCUAAAAGUCCGAUGCGUCCUGGAAGUCCCGAUAAAAAAGGCAGGCCUGGGUCCCCAACGAAAACGGCAACGCCGAAACCUAAAUCCAAUCGGUUCAGCGAGUACGCUACGGCAUAUAUGAAGAAGAUCGGUCUAAAAUCAGAAGAAGCUAAGACUUCUUCGCCGAAACCUAAAAAAACACCUUUACAAGCUACAGUAACGGUCGUAAAGCAAGAGCAAACUGUUAAAAGACAAGAGCAACCUAACCUUGUACAUGUCAUAGAUGAACAAGAUACUGUAGAGACCAAACAUUCCUCUACAAUUAUAACAAAGAACAUAACAGAACGUGCAUCGUCGAAAGAUGUCAUUGAGAUUGUGCAACUGAAUGGAAAGAGGUCCUCCUCGCCAGAGAAGAGUCCGAGUCCGGCUCGCAGACCUAAGAGUCCAGAAAAGUCCCGAAGCCGGAGCCCUGACUUGCAAAAGCCACACGUCGAGCCGGUGCAACGAGAACCACAAAUAGAUAAGAAAGUAGAAACCACUGGCAAAGUCGUAAAUGAUAUCGACAAGAAGAUUUCUUCCAAACCGCAACAGGAGGAGAAACCGUCCUGGGUGACAAACAGGAAUCUCAAGAAAGUUAGUUCAUCCGUUCGCACGUACAGUACCAAGAAAGCGGAGACUGAGAAGCCUAAGUAUCGUUCCGCGAGCCCGUCCAAAGUGAUCUCUAAGCCUAUCGACGUGAUCACAUCCAGCUACGGGCCGGGGCCACUGGACGCGGACGGCAGACCGCUGUUUGGUAUCAAGGCGCUCAGGAAAGGGGCCACAAACUAUCAAGUAAAAGGUACCGUAAUCCGACAAGAGUAUCAUUCCAAAAACGGCGGCGAGCCGGUAGGCACAGUCUCCGUCACCGCGUACUCCACCGAACCCGAAGACCUGGAGAAGCUGCUGCACCAGCAGGGGGAGCGGCCCUCCAAGAUACACGGCCUCGCCGCCAUCACCACUACCAAGAAGUUUGGCGGCGACAGCGGCACCACUUACAACGAGAUUCAUACUAAGGAGGAUCGCGCCGCGCUCGAACAGUUCACACACAGCGACAGGCGCGUCAGCCAGACCGCCAGCCAGACCGCCAGCGACCGCUCCUCUGAGACACGGUACAUAGAGGAUGUCAACGAAAGGAAGCACAGCGUCACCGACAAAGAAGAUAAAUAUACAACAGAGCGCCACGUGCGCAACGUGACACGACAGGACACAGACAACGAAUGCAACGUAGAACUAACUAGAUUGGAAGAAACAGACAGCACACAAAAGUAUAAUCAAAAAGAAUACUCAGAAACAUACGUAAUGGAGAGUAAAAGAGAGGAUAAUCGUAGGCAAAAGGAAACCGCAGACGAUGGGUACUCUAUCGAAAUAACGAGAGAAGAAAGAGUUGGAAGUCGACGAACUAGUCACGGCGACAAGACAGAUGGAAGAUUGCGGGAGGAGAGAGUGGAUAGAAUUGAAAACAUGCAAAGAGUGGAACCGCGAGGCAAAGACACUGGCAGGAGUGAGAGACGAGUCGAAAAUAAGAAGACUGUCCUUCGCCAGGGAUCCGUCAAGUCUCUUACGGAGAAAUUCAUUAAGAAUGCAAGUGAGAGUAGCAAAAACGAGCGGGCGUCGUACCCCAAGGCGGGACUCAUCUUGCGCAGCACUAGUAUCAAGGACAGUGGCUCCAACGAUACAACGCACGCCGAACUGCACCGCACGGAUAGCGAGCAGAGCUUGGGUUCUGCAGAAGAGAACGUGGUGACCACCACAAGCAGCAGCCGGCAGGAGAGCGGCGACGGUAUGACCACCACCACCACCACGACGACGCGCAGCCGCGCGCGUCACGAGCGCUCCUUCCUCGACAGUGACACUAAAGUCACCGGAGUGCAAGACAUUCUCACCAGGAUGAAGAAUGCUGACAUAGUGGUGGAGGACACCGACUGCGGCGAGGACGCGGAGGCGCGCGCGCUGCUCAACAAGUUUCUGGGCGCCAGCGUGCUGAUGGCCGGCAUGCAAGGCUACGUCACCGAGAGCGCCGGGGGCAAGGUCAUCGUCAAACAGGAGACAGUGCAGCGGUGCGGCGAGGGCGAGGUGACCAGCAGGAGCAGCACGCUCCAUCACGUUGACCUCGACCAGUGCUGGGACGAGCGCGAGCUGCGCCAGCUUCUGGAAGAGUGCAGCGACUACGAGCAGCGACGUCGUCUGCGCGCGCGCAUCCGCACACUCAUGGCCGAGCAGGAAGCAUGCACGAGCGCAGUGACGGAGGCGCUGGCGGCCGCAGGCGAGGGAGAUAUCGCUGGCGAGGCAGACGGCGAGUCCCGCGAGGAGGAGGAGGUAACCACGGUGACAUCCAGCGUGAGGAGGAACUCCACAGAGAAGACCGUUAGCACCAGCACCACCAUCAAAAAUUCCAAAGUGAUCGAGAGCAUGACGCGCGCGGCGCCCAAGCCCGUCUCGCCGUUCGCCAAGUUCCGGCAGCUCGAGAAACAAAACACCAUCAAUUCCCCCAACGCGCCCGCGAGCCCGCAGAGCCCGGGCUCUCCGUCGCAGCCCUACUUCAAGUUCACCGACCCCGCGCUGCAAGCCAGCGCCGUCACUAUAAAAGAACGGCUGCUGCACUGGUGUCGCGACAAGACCCGGGACUACGAGAAUGUGAAGCUGGAGAACUUCUCGACGAGCUGGGCGGACGGGCUGGCGUUCUGCGCGCUGGUGCACCGCUUCGUGCCCGACGCCUUCGACUACCGCGCCCUCUCGCCCGACAAGCGCCGGCACAACUUCACGCUCGCCUUCAAAAUUGCCGAAGAGAAGGCGGGCAUCUACCCCCUGCUGGACGUGGACGACAUGGUGGCGAUGCGCAAGCCGGACUGGAAGUGCGUCUUCACCUACGUGCAGUCCAUCUACCGCCGCUUCAAGGACGAGAACUAGUCCGCGCCCGGCCGCCGCUCUGUGCGCAUGUGCGGUUGUCUGCUGCCGGCUGCCGGAGCGGCGGCCGGCCUCGCUCGGUAGUCGAACGCCGCGGUCGCGCGACGCGGUACAAUCCUUUCGAUAUAUUUAUUCUUCCAAAGAACGUUUGUUGAAUUAUUUGUUGCUAUAUGUCAGAUGUUUAUCGGCCAGCGAGCCGCCCCGCCCGACUCGCCGUUUCUCCAAGCGCUGUCUCGUAAACGGUCCUCCUAUUUAUUAUAAUCUCAAGAUGUAUGUGAUUUUUUAUAAAUUAGCGCGUAAGUUAACUAACAAAUAUCUCGAGCGAUGUUAAUCUAGGUCAUGCGUAGUUGUAGUUCUUAUAUAAGUUGUAUUGCGGUGAGGAUAUCUCCGACAGCACAGAUCGGCGCGCGGGAUCUCCUUCACUUAUUUCACUACAUAAGCGAGAUGUAUCCUCGCCUCGUCUCGCCUCGUCUCGCCGCGCUCACCUUUACGAUGGUUUUAACAUUAGUUUAAUUGUUUAUUCUUUUUUUAAUUUGACAUUAAUAAUAUCGGCUUCAAAUAAUUGCCUACUGACUAUUUUAUAAAACUGACUACUAUUGUAUUAUUAUUU